CUUUGGGCUUCCUUUAUUGGGCUUCUGUCGUCUUAAUGUCGGCAGCUCGGGCGUGUUUCUGAAACACCGUGCUGUUUAAAAUACUAAAGAAAGGUGCAAAAAGCAGUACUUUGUACCAAAAUGCUUGUCUUGACGCAUUCGACGGCCGUUAUUUGGGCUGUGUUCAUCGUCACAGGAGCUGUUUCAGGUGAAGAUGUGAAGAAAGCAGUGGGUGGGACAGUUUCCUUUAGUCCAGACAAAUUAGAAUCUCCUGUCACCAGCAUCACAUGGAAACAUGUUAGUCUUUCUACUGUGAAGGCGAUUGAAUGGGACGUUGAUGAUGGUGUUAUCAUCCCGAAUCAGAGAUUCAAAGACAUCACAACUCUUGAUGAGAAAACUGGAAAAAUCACUAUAACUAAUUUAAAAGUCGAGCAUAGUGGAGAGUAUACCAUUGACAUCAACAGUAAAGAGCAGGGACAAAGAUUCAGCUUGGAAGUUAUGGAAGAGGUCCCCAAACCUAACAUAACUGUAGAGAAGAGCAGUAACCCUGAUGCUUUGUAUUUAAUUUGUGAGUAUGAUGAAAAAAUAAUCUGGAAGAAUUCUGCUGGACAAAUACUCACGGGCUCAAAGCACACAACAAAAGGAGAAUCCAUCACAGUCAAAAACACAAGAAAUCCAGAAAACUACUACACCUGCACACUCAAGAACGCAGUGAGUGAGAAGACCAGUGAUCCGGUCUAUGAGAGAGAACUGUUUGUGACAGAAUCAAGCGCAGGACUGAUCGUGGGGAUUGUAAUUCUUGUUAUCCUCCUCAUCAUUAUCGGCUUGAUUUGUGCCUAUCUACUCUUAGAGUCCAUUUACAACCGUGUUAAUGAAUGCUGUCCAGGUAUAGAAAGUGUGUUACGCCACGUGGAUUGUUGCGCAGAGAAGAGAAAGCAAUAUGAUCUAGCGCCAAAGGGUGACGAGAAGAAAGUAGAUGUGGUCAGCACAGGUGACGAGACGAAAGUAGAUGCGGUCAGCACAGGUGACGAGAAGAAAGUAGAUGUGGUCAGCACAGGUGACGAGAAGAAAGUAGAUGUGGUCAGCACAGGUGACGAGACGAAAGUAGAUGUGGUCAGCACAGGUGACGAGAAGAAAGUAGAUGUGGUCAGCACAGGUGACGAGAAGAAAGUAGAUGUGGUCAGCACAGGUGACGAGACGAAAGUAGAUGUGGUCAGCACAGGUGAUGAGACGAAAGUAGAUGCGGUCAGCACAGGUGACGAGAAGAAAGUAGAUGUGGUCAGCACAGACCAGAAUAACGUCGAGGAUAAUCAUGUUUCAGAUGCGACACAGAGUCAAAAUCAGUGAUGAAAAUAACAGCUCUGCUUCUCUGAAAAUGUCAGCAGAAUUUGGUGGAGAAAUGCACCAAAGCAGCUGAAUGAGGAUUUUUCUUCUUAUUGGCUUAUAAAAUUUAUUUUGCAAGGACAAUAUGCUUUUCAAAAAUGGGCAGUGAGCCUCGUAUGAUUGAAACCAUUAUUUAUUAAAUUGAUUAAAUAUGGCUAGUUUUAAACUUUUCAAAAUGAUUUGUGUAUUUUCAUAAAUCAGCCCUUUUAAUUGCUACAGUGUUCCCACUGCAGGGGAUUUCCCCCCCUCUCAAAUAUGAUUGUCCACACUGAUAUUUGCAAAUCGCAUGGAUCCAUGUGUCGUUUGUGACUUUUUCACCAAUCUGUAUAGUCUUUUUUUUAGUGAUGGCAUAUUUUUGGCAUUGCAUUUUGACCAAAUCCUUGACACAGAAGUUGACCUGACCUGAAGCAAGCUGGAGAAUUGUGUGUUAAGGAAGCAAUGAUGAGGGCAUCUGUAUACCUCAUUUGAGAGCAGCAGCCUCCAUACUAUGUUGUAGGUAAAAACAAAACAAAACAAAAAAAAACAGUAUGUGAGCCAAGUAGUAUGUUCAUAGUAUCCACAAAACAGUAGACAGUAGUAAAACAGCCAUAUUUUCCAUUACACCAUACUACAUAUUGAAUGUGUUAAAAGACAAUUGUAUUAAUAUAUUCAAAGAUCAAAAGAGGUGAGGAGAUAUAAGUCAUUGAUUCUCACAACCUACAUGGGACUGUUUGUGACUGGAUGUAAAUGAGACUGUGUUCCAUUGCCAUUAAAUAGAGUACAGCAGCUAUUUACUCUUACACCUUAGCCGCUUUUCUCCAGUCGGCACGGAUACGGCUUCAUCUUCUACUGUUGUGCUGAUAACGGAGCUCUUUGGAAUGUAAUAAUGUCAGUUGUUGCCUUGGUAACGCAAGUGUAAUGUAAACGGUGAUAUGGACCAUGAUCAGAUAUUUCUGGUUUUGGGACUCUUUUAUCUGAUAUUUACUUCAUUAACUCUUGACGCGAAAAAUACCAGGCUCCCGUGGAAAUACAACUGGAACCGUACCUGACAGUUCUUAGAACCGUUCGGCCCGACAGUGGAAAAGCGGCUCUUGUCUAUACUGAGUUAGUUUAUGUGUUUGCACGUGAUGGGGGAACCUGCUCUUCUCUACUGAGAAAUAAAAUGAUCCAAAAAAAAAAAAAAAAGUGGUUAAAUUUGAAUGAUCAGCAGAGUGUGUAAUUUUUUUUCUUCAAUGUGAAAUCAGAAAGAAAAAAAAAAUGGCAUACAAUACUAAACCUUGCUGAUGGCUCAUAUUUUUACUUGUGCUUCCAGACUAUAACAAUUAAUGCUGCUUUGACCAAUCAUCUGUUUUGUUUUUAGUUUUUUUUUUUUUUUUUUUUUUUACUUAUGAAUUACAAUAUUGCCAUUCAAAGAAAAACAGGGGCAUGUCAUUUUAGGUCAUUUGUUGUAGUUUGUGCAAAUGUCAUUUUUGUUCAUUCAGAAAUAUCCAGGUUUUUCUAAUCCAAAUGUAAAACCAAUUAAAUAAUUUUUUUUUUUUUUUUUUUUCGUGUUUCAAUGUCAAUAGUAUUUUGUGUGUAUUUCAUUUUGGUGUUUUAAGUGCAUUCGAUCUCUCUGGAACGACAAUAAAUUACCCGUAUCAAGGCCUCAGCUUCUUUGAGCCAAAUGAGAAACUCGCGCAUUGCUUGGACUUUCCUCAUAGUGUUGAGGGUGCGGUUUUGAUUCACUCAUAGCUCACUGAUGUUGUCAUAGUUUCAUUUUUUUUUUUUUUUCAUGUUUUAUUAUAUUGUAUAUUAUCACUUGUUUAUGCUAAUUGUGUAUCACUAUUUUAUAUACGUGUAAAAUAUUCAGCCUUUUUUCCCCUAAUACAAGCACUAUCUACCCAUGUCUUUUUAAUGUUGGUUGUUUUUGAAACCUACAAUACAUCGCUUAUAAAAGCUUUAUUCACCAGAAUCUAAGGCCGAUGAUACACGGGGCAACUUUUUUUGAGCAAUAUUUCUUGGGCACUUUUCCAUUGAGAAUGCAUAAUAAAUUUCUAUCUGGAUAUUUUAGAUCGGUUGUGGGCAUUGUGUCUCACCUGGUUGCCCAUUGAGGGCAGUAUUGCCCAAAGUUACCCGGAAACAUUGCUAAAAAGUUGCCGUGUGUAUCAUCAGGCUAAAAGUGCCCCAAUAACUGAUCACGCUGACCCUGAGGAGCUCAGUUUGAAGGAUGGAAAUAUGUCUUUUACCAUAGGAGAGUGUGUAGACCUCCUCUUUGUGGUUUUUGUAAGAUGCAUAGGUUUCUUUUUGAGAAUUGUAUUUGAAUGUAUAAAAAUUGCAUGAGCUUUA